AUGGAUAAGCCUAGCACCAGUCAGCAAUCUAUUGAGAAGGUAGAAAUGUUCGAAAUUCGCGAACAUGUUCCUUAUCAAGCAGAGGUAACGAGGGCACCAGCUGCUUAUGAUCAAGAGAGUGGAGAAACACAAUACACUUCGUCCUGGACGUCGGCGUGGUUCGCUAUCUGCCAGUUAAUCAAUUUACUCCACCAUAUGCUGGUGGCUAUUGUUGUGUUUUGUAUCUGGAGUUACGCGUUGACCUCACAACCUAAUGGAGCUAUAACUAAUUUGCAAUUACACGUUGUUUUCGCUGGAACUGGUUAUCAACUAUUUCUGGUAGAGUCAUUGCUGACCCUACACAGACACAAUUCAUGGUCCUUCCAACUAAGUAAAGAGAGCAAGAGAAUUGUUCAUGGAUGCCUUCAAUUAGUUGGUUCUUUUUUCGUGUUUUCUGGAACUUUUCUGGCACUCUCGGAGGUCAACAUGGAGAUCAACACAGCCCACGGCAUCUGCGGUGUGGUCGCUUUAGGAUUUACCCUCAUAAGUUUUGUAUCAGGAAUCAUUACGUUGUUCUCUCCGAAAGUCCGAUUGCUGAUUAAACACGGACCAAUUAAAAUUCUUCAUAUAUCCGUUGGUAUGUUUGCUAUAGCCAUGGGCCUUAUAACGAUGGCAAUGGGAUUAUACAAUCCUGCAUUUAGAACAGACCAAGAAGGACUAUCGACAGCAUUAAUUGUUAUUGUAGUUAUUAUUCUUUCUUAUAUACUUGUUCAACCUAUUAUGGACCUAAUAUCGACAAUCAAGAAAACUUUUUGA